GGCCGAAGGUUUCCUCCUGAGUCAGGCAGAGGAGAGGAAGCAGGGAAAGGAUCCGUUUGCUGAAAUGGGUCCUGAUUUCUCUGAAGUAGAGAAGUCUCUGUUGGACACCAGAGAUAAGCCACUGGGUAAGAAGGAAGGAGUAUUUUCUCAGUUUGGUCCCAUUCUGUUGGUGUUGAAAAUAAUCUGGUGGUUCUUUUGAUCUUUUUGGGGAAGACACUUGAGGCCCUGAGCCCAGAGGAGCCUGAUAUAUAAUUUUGCACAAUUAAAUAUGAAAUAGGUACAGGGGAGUAUUUCUUAAUCUGUAGUUAGAGAUGCACUGCUUCAGCUCUGAGAGAAGCAUCCUGCACUCCUGUCUCCCCACUUCCCUUUGUCUCUCGCAGGUGAAAGAAGGAUGCCGGCAAGACCUCCUCCUCCAUCUCUUCAUCCUGGUGGAGGGGAAGCAGCGGCUGAGGAACCGGAUCAGGUGCGGGGAAGGAGCCAUGGGGGGAAAGGGGCUGAGGGUGAGGGACAGAGGGCAUUUCUGAGACGGAACAAAUCUCUCCCCUCCUCAUUGCUUCUGUCAAAGCUGCCCUUAACAAAGGCUGAAAAUGCCAUUAAUGAAGGUUUAUGCUCCGAGUAGCCCCUUCACCUUAACUCUGAAUGUCGCUAGUAUUAUUCGUUAUAAAUUCUCUUUGAGACAUCUGGGGAGUCUUUCCAUCCCAGAACAACACACAGGGAGAGGAGAGAGGGAUUCUUCCAUUUGGCAAACUGGAAUGCUUGCAUAGACAUAUUGAUCUGAAUAAAACAACAUGGAGUUCAUUAAAAUAAGCACCAGUAAUCCAAAUGUGCAACAGACCAAUCCAAUUAAAACAACCCAGGCAGGAAGCAAAAGAGCAACGUGCAGGAAAUAAUCUUUAUGCUGCCUAAGAGAAGGAUAUUUUAUUUCAGAGCUCAGUUUCUUUUGAAGAUGUCGCUGUUUGUUUCACGGCUGAGGAGUGGGCGUUGCUGGAUCCUGCCCAGAGAGCUCUGCAUAAGGAAGUCAUGGAGGAGACUUGGAGGACCAUGAUCUCUCUGGAUGGUGAUGAAUUAGAAAUUAAGAAUAAGGGACAACAGGACAAAAUCCACACAGUGGAUAAGCCAUAUCAAGAUUUGGAGUGUGGGGAGAACUUCAGUCAGAGCUCCCAUGCCACUUCCCAUCAAAGAAAUCCUAUUGGGAAGAAACCCUUUCAGUGCUUGGAAUGUGGAAAGAGCUUCAAUCACAGCUCACACCUCAAAGCCCAUCAAAGAAUUCAUUCCGGGGAGAAACCAUAUCAGUGUUUGGAAUGUGGAAAGUUCUUUACUACAAGCAGAUACUUCCGUCGACAUUGGAGUAUUCAUAGCGUAGAGAAACCAUAUCAGUGCGUGGAAUGUGGAAAGAGCUUCUCCAGGAAGGAGAAUCUCACUUCCCAUCAGAGAGUUCAUACAGGGGAGAAACCAUACCAGUGCUUGGAGUGUGGGAAUAGCUUCAGUCGGAAGAUUAGUCUUACUUGCCAUCUAAGAAUUCAUACAGGGGAGAAACCAUAUCAAUGUUUGGAGUGCGGAAAGAGCUUCUCCAGGAAGGACCAUCUCACUUCCCAUCAAAGAUAUCAUACAGGGGAGAAACCAUACCAGUGCUUGGAAUGUGAGAAGUUCUUUAUUACAGGAAAAGAUUUACAUCGACACAAGAGAAUUCACAGUGGGGAGAAACCAUAUCAGUGCUUGGAGUGUGGGAAUAGCUUCAGUGACAUCUCACAUCUCAAAGCCCAUCAAAGAAUUCAUACGGGGGAGAAGCCCUAUCACUGCUUUGAGUGUGGAAAGAGCUUCAGUGGGAAGACUAGUCUUACUUCCCAUCAAAGAAUUCAUACGGGGGAGAAGCCCUAUCACUGCUUUGAGUGUGGAAAGAGCUUCUCCAGGAAGGACAAUCUCACUUCCCAUCAGAGAAUUCAUACAAAGGAGAAGCCAUACCAGUGCGUGGAAUGUGGGAAGAGCUUCUCCAGGAAGGAUAGUUUCACUUCCCAUCAAAGAAUUCAUACAGGGGAGAAACCAUACCAGUGCUUGGAAUGUGGGAAGUGCUUCAGUUGGAAAAUUAGUCUUACUUCCCAUCUAAGAAUUCAUACAGGGGAGAAGCCAUAUCAGUGCUUGGAAUGUGAGAAGCACUUUGGUUGGAGGGCUCACCUCACUGUCCAUGAGAGAAUUCAUACAGGGGAGAAACCAUACAAGUGUGUGCAAUGCGGAAAGAGCUUCAAUCAGCAGGCCAAUCUCACUACCCAUCAGAGAAUUCAUACAGGGGAGAAACCCUAUCAGUGCUUGGAAUGUGGAAAGAGCUUCAAGGAAAGGGCCAAGCUCACUUCCCAUCAAAUAAUUCACACAGGGGAGAAUCCUUAUCAUUGCUUGGAAUGUGGAAAGAGCUUCAACUGGAAAUAUAAUCUCAUUUCCCAUCAAAGAACCCAUACAGGGGAGAAACCGUUUCAGUGCUUGGAGUGUGGAAUGAGAUUCAGUCACAAGGGAAGUCUCACUUCCCAUGAAAGAACUCAUAGCUGGGAGAGUCCACAUAAAUGCUUGGAAUGUGGAAGGCGUUUUAGUCAGGACUCCCAUCUCAUUUCCCAUCAAAUAAUUCAUACAAUGGAGAGACCGUAUAAAUGCUUGGAAUGUGGAGAGUGUUUUAGUCAGGAGUCCUUUCUCACUUCCCAUCAAAGAACUCACAGCGGGGAGAAUCAGAUUCCCCAGGAAUCAUUGGAUUGUUGCAUUGGAUUGGAUGGUGAGAGUCAUCUUCUCCAACCCCCUGCAAUGAAGGAUAUUCAACAAAAGAGUUCAUGACAGAUGGCCAUCAAACCUUUGCUUAAAAACCUUCCAAUUCAGGAGUGUCCCACACCACCUGAACUACUUUCUUUCACAGUUGAACAGUUCCUGCUGCUAGAAAGUUCUUCCUGAUGUUUAGUCAGAAUCUCCUUCCUUCUACCUUAAAUCCAUUGGUUUGGGUCCUCCUUCCACCAGAGUAGGAGAAACCAAGUUUGCUCCAUCUUCCACGGCACGGCCCUUUGCAUACUGAAAGAUGUGAAGGAGUGCCUGGUCCCCCAGUGAGCAUCAUGGCUAAGUAGGGACUUGAACCCAGGUCUGCCAAGUCGUAUUCUGACACUCUAACCACUAUACCACACUAGCUCUGCCAGGAGACUCUUGGAAAGUGUGCAUGCAUGUGCGUCUCUUUAAGUUUAGGCACAGUGUUCUGGUGCUUGUAUUUAAAGUUGUGUACACAUGGGAUCAAAAUAAUAAUGGUGCAUUUAAAUUACUGUUAGCUAAGGAGGCAGAAAAGGUGAGUUUCGGGGUGCUGUAGCUGAACUGGGAAUCAUGCUUGUGUAACAGCAACAUCAAAACCAGAGCUUUGCUUAAUUAAACCUAUGUCAUUUCUAAUUAAAUCUAUGUCCUUUCAAAUGUG